CACUCUUUCAAACGAAAAUGAAAAGAAAAAAGAAAAUGAGUAGUGGAUACCAAAACGGAGUCGGUGGCUGUGGCAGUGGCUUAGGCGGCGGCUUGGACGGUGUAGACUUUGACCCGAACGUAUUUGGUCCUUUGCUUAGUGGUGGUAGAAGAGGAGUACGAAUGCGAUGUGACCCAUUUUUUAUCUCCCAAUUGUGAAGCUGCAAUUCUUCCAGAAAUCGAAUAAUGGAGUUCAUAUUUC